AGCGCAGAACAGCGGAAGCCACUGAAGUUCGCCGCCGGUGCGCGGGGCGCGCGGAGACCGCGGAUCGCAUCGAAGUGAAGUAGGCGAUUCCAACCAUUCCAACCAAUUCCGACAGACUUCGAAUCGCUACGUGCGCGCGAGCGGAGGAUCCCCUCCGCCUACGUGUGUUCCGCUCCGUGCUCUGUUUCUGCUUGGGUCAGCCGUUGAUCUAAACAAAGGAAUACCGAGUACCGAUGGCUGUCAAAGGACUAGUCUCGUUGAUUGUCAAGUUUUUGACAGACCAGUUGCAAGAUGGUGACAUAACUGCCGAUUCACGAGAGAGUUUGGAAGUAGCGAUCCAAUGUCUGGAGAGUGCUUACAAUGUGCAAGCCUCUGACGCCCCGCCAAAUGUAAAUCUAUAUCAAAUUUACAAAAAUGCUGUGGAGAACGCUGCGCCAGUCUUAGGUCCAGAAGCUACAUCAGAAGCAAAGGUUGAAGCGGAAAGAUUAAAAAACGAAGGCAACGCACUCAUGAAACAAGAGAAGCACCACGAAGCGCUUGCCAAUUAUUCAAAGGCAAUAACAUUAGAUUCUCGCAAUGCAGUGUAUUAUUGUAAUCGAGCCGCCGUUCAUAGCAAACUUGGUAAUCACACCUUAGCCAUCAAAGACUGUAACACGGCGCUCUCUAUUGAUCCCUCGUAUAGCAAGGCGUACGGACGAUUAGGUUUAGCAUAUUCCAGUUUGGAGAGGCAUAAAGAAGCUAAGGAGAGUUAUGAAAAGGCCCUAGCGAUGGAACCGGAUAACGAGAGUUAUCGGAACAAUUUGCAAUUGGCGGAGGAGAAAUUGGCCCAAUUAGGUGUCAAUCAGUCUCUGCCUAAUUUGCCCGGUAUGGACCUGAGCGCUCUUCUAAGCAAUCCUUCUCUGAUGAACAUGGCACGUCAAAUGUUAUCUGACCCAGCUAUGCAGAACAUGAUGUGUAAUCUUAUGUCUGGCAAUGUAGAAGAAGGUGGUCGCAUGGAAUUACUCAUAGAAGCAGGCCAACAGUUGGCGCAGCAGAUGCAGAAUGCAAACCCUGAGUUGAUCGAGUCGCUCAGACGGCAAAUGGGUGGUAAUCCGAACGAUCCAGAACCACCGCAACAAAAUUAAAACAUCGACCGGUUGUGUGAUAGAUGGACGUGAAUUUUAUGAUUAUCAUAACUGAGUUUCUUUCUCACUCGUAGUUAGAGAUCAUUAUAUCGUUUUCUAAAAAAAUUGCAAGGCAAGACUUAUAGCUUCAAUAAUUUUAUCAUUAUAUCUAAAGCGAUUAUAAUGCGCAUACCACAUAGAAUUCAUUUCAUAAGAUUAGUUCUUACGAAUGUAAUAUCGGGCCUCUCUCCCCUUCUCGUCUUCUCUUUGGCUAUUGUACAAUUUUUGAUAGCAAACAUGCUAAAGAUUAAUACAAUGUAACAAAAUGUUUCUUAAAUACCGUGAUAAUUAAGUGACUAUAAUAAUUGAACUAUAUCCAGUUCAUCAUGUCCAGGGCAUUAUUUUCUAGAUUAUGCACUGUAUUAUAAUUUACAAAUUUUAAUGAAUUUGUAUGAGACAACUGCUUAUGUUUUGAAUGAAUAAUUGAGCAGCAAGAGAUGCGACAUUCAAUCGACGCGAAAUGUAUAGGGAUUCGUGAGCGAGUCACAAACCAUUAUUUAAUAUUUUAUUCAUAUCGUAUUCCACGAUUGUACAAAACAGAACAUUUCUAUCAAUGUUUUAUAAACGCGUAAUCUUUAAUUGAAAUGUUCACUAAACAUAAAUCUUUACACGAGAUUUUUUGCAUAUCCGGUUUACAGUCUCGCAUCUUUCGAAUAUGCGAGUUCCUUAGCACAUUACAUAUUGAAAAUAAAGGCGUGCUAAUACUAACAAACAAUUGUAAUAAAAAUCGUAUCAUGAAGAGAAUAUUCGGAUUUCUUUUUUAUUAUUUUGCCGUGUUUCUUCUACCCGAUGAUUAGACAAUUAUUUAUUCUGAGACAUUAAUAGAAAUUAAAAAGAAACCAAAGAAAUAAAAAUCGAAAUUACAAAUAUAAAUAAAGAGCUUCCGAUAAAUACACUCGUCUUUGAUGGUGUGCAAAUUACACUGUUUAAUAAAAAAUGACUUUUUGACGGAAUUAUUUCUAUAGUUUUUGUACGCUGAAUACAAUCUUGUUUUACAAUCUAAAUUGUUUUAUUUUAUCAUGAUUUUGAAAAAUUUGCAAUUAAAAUUGUAAAAAAGCUAUUUUAAUGUAUUUUGACAUGUAAUAAUAACUAUAAUAUGUGACACGUUAAAGAAAUUUUAUUAAGUUAGUAAAAAUUAAGCAUGUUAGAACUUUCAGCUUUUAAAAUGAAUUAAUUGUAUCGAUUAUGAUUAAAAAGAUAUUUAUGAUCAAUGUAGAGAGAAUCAUCACAUUAAAGUUGUACGCCAUUAAGGAUUUAUCAAGUAUUUUUAAAUUAUAUUAUACAAAUUUAAGACUGUCAGAUCACUGAAUAUUAAUCUGUCGCAGUUGAUAAAUUCAAUUAAAAUUAUUAGAUGUACAAACGAAUAAUUCAGAUUUUUCGGUUAAAUUCAUUUUAACCAAAUUUUUAAUCAUUCGUUUUAAAAGAAAGUAAUACAAAUUUUUAAAAUCAAAGUAUUUGCCGUUGCUUUCUGUAAUUUUAAGCCGUUUUUCGAGCAUCUUAUGAAUUUUAUCUCGACAAAAUGUUGCAUUUUUAGAUAUGAUAAAGUUAAACAAUUUUCAGAUCUCAUUAACUGAUUUAAAUUCAUGAAAAAUACAUGGUGUUGAACAUACAUUUACAUAGAUAUGUAAAUCCUUAAUGGCACAUGCAAAUUGCAACUAGAUGCAAUAGAUUCUGUAUUAAACAUAAAAUAUUUCAAAUUACAGAUAUGUUUUUGGACGGAUAAUGUAACAACACAAUGAUAAUAAAAAAGCCUUUUUCGGUCGCAGCUAGAUCUUAGUGCCUAUAUUUAUUCGUGCAAUAAAAUAUUUCUUUAAUUGAAUUGUAACUGCAAUAAAAUUUCUUCAACAUGUUUUAUAGUUACGUCAAAAUACAUUAAAACAAUUUCUUGCAGCCGUAAAUUCCUCAAAAUUAUGACAAUACAGUAAUUUAAAACGGAAUUAUUUUAGCGUCUAAAAAUGAGAAAAGAUUAUCUUCGUUUUUGUGCUUUUAUAUUUUUUUAAUUAUAUUAUCAAAGAAUUGAUCAACAAUUACACAUAUCUGUUUCCUUUUUUUUUUAGCAGAAAAUUAGUUUUAAUGUAAAUGAACUAAAUAAGACGCAGUGCUAGAGAAAAAUUGAAAUAAAUUCAAUAGAAAUAUUUAUUUAAAGAAUGUAUCUAUGAAAAUUACUAUUUAGAAUAAGUAUUUUGUGCAGUAAGUAUAGAAAAGCAAAUAGUAUUUAACAUUUAUUUAUACAUUUAUUUGAAAUAACAUAUUUAUUUUACGUUUGAUAUGUCAUGGAUAAAUAGGUUUUUUCUAUUAUCUAUUGUUUAUUUAUUAAUUUCUAUUUCUUAAGAACACAAAAUAAAAACUAAUAAAAUAUAAAACGGCAUGUUUUAUGGAUAUAUAGUUUAUCUACAUUGCUUAAAAUCUCCAAAAAUUUUUGUAUAUUAAACGAGAUAAUAUAUAUUCAAACGUUGGAGAGAGGGAGAAAAA